CAGGUUGUGAAACAUGGAGGCCGGCUCUGUGGUCCGAGCCAUCUUUGAUUUCUGCCCCAGUGUCUCAGAGGAACUGCCGCUGUUUGUGGGAGAUGUUAUUGAGGUGUUGGCCGUGGUGGAUGAAUUCUGGCUUCUAGGAAAGAAGGAGGACGUUACAGGACAGUUUCCCAGCAGUUUUGUGGAGAUUGUGACAAUCCCCAGUCUGAAAGAAGGAGAGAAUUUGUUUGUUUGCACCUGCGAAUUCUCAUCUCGGGAGCUGAACAGUCUUUCUCUCCAUCGGGGAGACCUGGUGAUUCUUGAUGGCACCCCAACUGCGGGAUGGCUGCAGGGCCGAAGCUGCUGGGGGGCCCGGGGCUUCUUCCCGUCUUCUUGCGUUCGUGAGCUCUGCCUCUCCUCCCAAAGCCGGCAGUGGCACUCACAAAGUGCCUCGCUUCAGAUUCCAGAAUACUCCAUGGGACAAGCACGGGCCCUCAUGGGGCUGUCUGCCCAGUUGGAUGAGGAACUGGACUUCAGGGAAGGAGAUGUGAUCACCAUUAUUGGAGUUCCCGAGCCAGGCUGGUUCGAAGGAGAAUUGGAGGGUCGGAGAGGCAUUUUCCCAGAAGGCUUUGUAGAGCUUUUGGGGCCCCUGAGGGUUGUGGAUGAGUCGGUAAAUUCUGGAAGUGGAGAUGACUGUGUUGCUAACGGCGAAGUAGACAUCUCCACAGGAGAAGUAGAAAGUGGGGCUGACGAGGCUGACCACCCGUCCGGGACCUAUGGACUGGCCCUCUACAGAUUCCAAGCCCUGGAGCCGAAUGAGUUGGAUUUUGACGUAGGGGAUAAAAUCCAAAUUCUGGGGACCUUGGAGGAUGGCUGGCUGGAAGGACGUUUGAAGGGCAGGACAGGUAUCUUUCCCCAUCGCUUCGUGAAGUUAUGUCCUAGCCCCAGGACAGAAGAAACCGUGGGUCUGCCCCAGGAAGACAGUCUCCCUAAGAACUCUGAAAGUUCUGUGGACGGGUUGGGGAACUCAGUGGUGGAGGAAGCAAGACUUGAACCAGAGACGUGUGAAGCAGAAAGGUGUGACUGGAGUCUGUCUGAACAACCCCAGGUCCCCCUAGAUCGUGGGGUCCCUGAGUGUGCUGUAAGCGAGGACUCUGGUCAAAGUGAAGAAGCCUUUGGAAGCUCCCCAGGUGUGGAUCCUGAAAGGCCUCUUGUUAAAGACUCUUCCACACCUGACCCCUCAGAGAUAGUCAAUGGUAUUUCUUCCCAGCCUUGGGUACCUGGUCACCCCAAAGUGCAAAAAAGUCAGUGUUCCUCAACAGCAAGAGGGAGCCACCAAAGCUCAGCCCCAUCCGCUGAGUUUGUCCCUCUAGAAGCCUGGACUAGAGACUACUCCAGCCUGCCUCCCAAGAGGACAUAUGCCCAGUGCAGGUCCCUCGGGAAGCCAGCACCCCCACUUCACAGGGCCUCCUCCCUCUCGGCCUCAAGGAUAGCCAGACCUAGCUACUUUUGCCAUCCGGUUAUGACCAGCUAUUCUCAGAGGCACCAAACAUCUGCAGAAAACGCCUCCAGCCUCUACUCUGCACCAGGGAGACCAGAGAGGAGGCCUGGGCCACCAGACAAGGGGCCCACCACAGAGGUAGCCACAGCGUCACAGGGGGACAGCAUCGACCUGGAUUCCAAGUUGACCCAACAGCUGAUGGAAUUUGAGAAGAGCACAGAGCUGGAUAAAAUUGCACGCCGCUUUUCAAUCAUGGACUUUAACUCUGAGAAGGAUAUUGUCAGAGGCUCCUCAAAGUUACUGUCCUCACAGGAUCUCCCCGAGAGGAGAAAGGCCCUGAGGCCGCCGCCGCCCAGACCCUGUACCCCAACACUCGUUUCUCCCCACUUGCUGCUUGACCAGAGCCCAAAACCUACACCCCCUUUGGCUGUGCGGCCCUCCCGCCCUGCUCCCCUGCCUCCUUCCACACAGCCGAGGGUGAACACAGCUUCCCCCAAGCCCACCCCCGGUGCCCACCCCAGUUGGGAGGCCCCAGAGAAGGAGUGCCCCGAGCACAUGGAGCAGAGCCCAGCCCAGACUUCUCCGUGCCCCUCUGUGCUGGCGAGGAUUCAGGAUGUGGAACACGACUUGGACAUGUACACCAGGGCUCAGGAAGAGCUGAGCUUGAUGUUAGGGGAAAGGCACGGUGACUUGCUGAGGGCGGAGACUCUGGGGAAUCUCAAGUUCUACGAGAGCACCAUCCAGAGUCUGACCCUGGAGCUCCAGCAGCUGAGAGACAUGACGCUCCUCUCUUCCCAGUCUUCAUCCCUGGUGGCCCCCUCUGGGUCUGUGUCCCCUGAGAAGCCGGAGCAGAGGAUGCUGGAGAAGAGAGCCAAGGUGGUGGCUGAACUUGUGCAGACGGAGAAAGACUACAUCCGGGACCUGGAGAUGUGCCUUGAGCGGGUCAUGGUGCCGCUGCAGCAGGCACAGGUACCCAACGUUGAUUUCGAGGGACUUUUUGGAAAUAUGCAGACGGUGAUUAAAGUCUCAAAGCAGUUGUUGGCGGCCUUGGAAAUUGGCGAUGCUGUAGGACCUGUGUUUCUUGAUCACCGGGAUGAACUUGAGGGAACGUACAGGGUUUACUGCCAGAACCAUGAUGAAGCCAUCUCGUUGCUAGAAAUCUACGAGAAGGACGAGAAGAUCCAGAAGCAUCUGCAGGACUCCUUGGCAGAUCUUAAGAGCCUGUACAACGAAUGGGGAUGCACCAAUUACAUCAACCUGGGCUCCUUCCUCAUCAAGCCCGUGCAGAGAAUAAUGCGUUACCCACUGCUGCUGAUGGAGUUGCUGAAUUCUACCCCAGAGUCCCACCCCGAUAAAGUGCCCUUAACCAGCGCAGUGCUGGCCGUGAAGGAAAUCAACGUUAACAUUAACGAAUACAAGCGGCGGAAGGAUCUAGUGCUUAAGUACCGCAAAGGGGACGAAGACAGCCUCAUGGAGAAGAUCUCCAAGCUGAACAUCCACUCCAUCAUCAAGAAGUCCAACCGGGUCAGCAGCCACCUGAAACACCUCACUGGCUUCGCUCCUCAGCUGAAAGAUGAAGUAUUUGAAGAGACAGAAAAGAACUUCCGGAUGCAGGAGAGACUGAUUAAAUCUUUUAUCCGAGACCUGUCCCUCUACCUCCAGCAUAUCCGGGAGUCUGCAUGUGUGAAAGUGGUGGCCGCCAUGAGCAUGUGGGAUCUGUGCAUGGAGAGGGGCCACCACGACCUGGAACAGUUCGAGAAGGUGCAUCGCCACAUCAGUGACCAGCUCUUCACACAUUUUAAGGAGAGGACCGAGCGGCUCGUCAUCAAUCCCUUAAACCAGUUGUUGAGCAUGUUCACGGGGCCCCACAAGCUGGUGCAGAAGCGCUUCGACAAGCUGCUGGACUUCUACAACUGCACUGAGCGGGCGGAGAAGCUGAAGGACAAGAAGACUCUGGAGGAGCUGCAGUCGGCCCGCAACAACUACGAGGCCCUGAACGCCCAGCUGCUGGACGAGCUGCCCAAGUUCCAGCAGUACGCCCAGGCCCUCUUCACCAACUGCAUCCACGGCUACGCCGAAGCCCACUGUGACUUCGUGCAGCGGGCCCUGGAGCAGCUGCAGCCCCUGCUGUCGCUACUGAGAGCCACUGACCGAGAAGGCAACUUGAUCACCAUCUUCCAUGAGGAGCACAGCCGCGUCCUACAGCAGCUUCAGGUCUUCACCUUCUUCCCCGAGUCCCUCCCCGCUCCCAGGAAGCCCUUUGAGAGGAAAACCACAGACCGCCAGUCGUCCCGGAAGUCCCUCCUUGGCAUGCCGAGCUACAUGCUGCAGUCAGAAGAGCUGCGGGCCUCCCUGCUGGCCAGAUACCCACCUGAAAAGCUCUUCCAGGUGGAACGGAACUUCAAUGCUACUCAGGACUUGGAUGUCUCCCUUUUGGAAGGCGACCUGGUGGGUGUGAUAAAAAAGAAAGACCCCAUGGGCAGUCAGAACCGCUGGCUCAUCGACAAUGGAGUCACCAAAGGCUUCGUGUACAGCUCCUUCCUGAAGCCCUACAAUCCUCGGCGCAGCCACUCCGACGCCUCCGUGGGCAGCCACUCUUCCACGGAGUCGGAGCACGGCAGCUCCUCCCCCCGGGUGCAGCGGCAGAACAGCAACAACACCUUGACCUUCAACUCCAACAGCAUGGCUGUGUCCUUCACCUCAGGGCUUCCCCAGAAGCAGCCCCAGGACGCGUCCUCACUCAAGGAAUGUGACCCGGGAACUCCCAGUGUGGCCUUGAACACCACGAGUCCUGAAACCGGACCUUCCAGGUGCUCUUCAGACCCAGACUCUACCUGCCAGCUUAGGCCAGGGGACUCUGCAGAUGGCGCCAGAGACAUAAGCCAACCUGCUUCCACCCCGAGGGGCUGCCAGCGAAGCGCCAGGCUUCCAGAGGUGGCCGGUUACUCUGUACCAGGGCGACAUGAACAAGGUAAUGACUCCAUAAAAGGAAGUACAAGAGCCUAUCCGACUCCAGAAGACAGAAACAGAGGGCUUGGAGGCAGUGAGACGGAAGGCAACCAGGUCUAUUUUGCCGUCUACACCUUCAAGGCACGAAACCCAAAUGAACUGAGCGUGUCAGCCAAUCAGAGACUCAGGAUCCUUGAGUUUAAAGAUGUCACAGGCAAUACAGAGUGGUGGUUGGCUGAAGUUAACGGGAAGAAGGGCUAUGUCCCUUCCAAUUAUAUCCGAAAAACUGAGUACACCUGAGCCCAGGCUACCCCACCCUCCCUGGCUCACUUUCAGUCCGCUGAAAGGUUCUGGUGGGCUCCAGGCCCCCGUUCCUGAGCACAGGCCCCACCACACUGCUUACCAUAACGUCGUGGAGUGCAAGAUAAGCUUUGUUCUCAAUCGGGUUGGACACCUUGAUGCUCCCUAGCGUUUGAAGUGGACCCCAGGGCUUGCCAAUGAUUCACUGACCACAGGAAGCGGCCCGGGUGCUGGCGGCGGCUUUGGGAAGCGAGAAGUCUCCGAUCAAAAGCGGUGUUGUCUGCAGGAAGCUUGUGCCCUGGUUGUCGCAUCCUCCGUGGUCCACUGAGCAGUCAGCGGCGAGGAAGAGGAGCAAGCUCCGCCAUCAUGCCUCCAUGUGAGGUAAAGGUUUUGUCAAGGUCAAAGCCUGGUGCAUCAAAACGUCUGAGACACCUCCAGUGCCCGGCACGUUCCCCCUUCUCUCUCUGACAUGCUCCUGACGCCUCAUUCCUAAAAUGCUAACCUUAUUGUUUUCACUGCUCUUCUGUUAGGCGUUUACGGUCCUCCUUUUCUUUUGACCUUGCAUCUGGAAGGUGCUCUUUCCCUGCCAGACAUGGUCACCUGCCUCUCCCUGAUACUCAUCAACCUUAUGUGGUCUCUGUGUGACAGUUCCUAACCUUUCUCCCUGUACGCAGUAACUGACACUUUCCAGGACUCCCGCCCGGGUCAGCACUCCAGCUGGCCCCGGAAAGUAUUCAUUCUGCAGUAAUCUCCAGCCAGCCGAGCCUGGGGGAAGCCGAUGCCUUUCUCUCCCACCGAGCACUUUGCUGCCAUCUGUGCCCCCCACACACGCUCACAAUGACAGUCGUGGCUUAUUUGAAGGAGGUAGGACCAGCGGCCACAGACGCAGCUUGUCUCAGACUUGGAAAUAGAAUUUUUCUUUCUCACCACCAGCUGCCAUACUUCACAGUAUUCAAAGCCAAACAGAUGCUGAAGUGCCUAAUGAGACCUCACACCCAGGGCUGGGAGGCCUUCGCCAGACCUCGCGUGAAGAAAUGGCCCCUGAGACUUGUCUCGGCGCGGCUCUCAAACUCCAGGUUUCCCCAGAUAGGGAGCCCGCCGGGACCACCCUUCCAGCCGCUGCUCCUCCAUUCGGCCUUAAAAUCCUGGUGAAUCAGGACAUGCCUGUGGACACCCCAGCCACAGCUUCUGCUCCACUGGUCGGGGCCUCUUAUGAAGUGUUUUUACUUAGAGAUGUUUAUAUUUAAGUAGCUAUUUUAUAAAUAAAAGUAUUUCUAUUGGC